CAAACUGAAUCAUCAAACGUAUUUUCACAUCUUUCAACUUUAUGUUUCAGUUUUUGAUCCAUGUAGUUCAAAUCCGUGUGAAAGAGGAACUUGUUUCCAUCAUAGCACACUGUUUCAUUGUUUAUGCCCCUCUGGUUAUACAGGAAAGAAAUGUGAAAUUAAUAUCAAUGAGUGUCAGUCUCAACCGUGUUUAAAUGGGGGCGUGUGUGUUGAUACCAUCGGCGAUUUCAAAUGUAAUUGCUCAUCGGGAUUUGUCGGAAACACUUGUGAAAUAGAUGUAAACGAAUGUAUCUCUCAGCCGUGUUUAAAUGGGGGAUUUUGUAAAGAUAGCAUAGAUCGAUUUCUUUGUCAAUGCCGAACAGGAUUUGAUGGAGACAGAUGCCAGAAUGUUUUUGAUCCAUGUAGUUCAAAUCCGUGUGAAAGGGGAACUUGUUUCCAUCAUAGCACACUGUUUCAUUGUUUAUGCCCCUCUGGUUAUACAGGAAAGAAAUGUGAAAUUAAUAUCAAUGAGUGUCAGUCUCAACCGUGUUUAAAUGGGGGCGUGUGUGUUGAUACCAUCGGCGAUUUCAAAUGUAAUUGCUCAUCGGGAUUUGUCGGAAAUACUUGUGAAAUAGAUGUAAACGAAUGUAUCUCUCAGCCGUGUUUAAAUGGGGGAUUUUGUAAAGAUAGCAUAGAUCGAUUUCUUUGUCAAUGCAUAACAGGAUUUGAUGGAGACAGAUGCCAGAAUGUUGUUGAUCCUUGUAUGAGCAGCCCUUGUAUACGAGGCAUUUGUUUUUCGCAUGGGCUACAGUUCCUUUGCGAAUGUCCAUCUGGCUUCACGGGGAAACUGUGUGAAACUACCAUACAGCUGACACUCAAUGGGCCAAAGGAAAAGUACUUGAAAGUACCAGCCGGUAGUGAACUCGUGAUGAACUGUAGUGUGUCUGGGAUACACCCGCCUAAAUUUCAUUGGUCAAAAGUAAAUGCUUGCGGGAUUAAAUAUGAAAAUAUCACAGCAUCAGUUUACCGCGAGUCGCACGCCUCCCUAGGGGACGCUGGAACAUAUGUCUGCACUGGUUCAGACGGCUACGGUCCUAAUGUUACCAACUAUUUCCAUGUGGAAAUACUAACUUCACAAGAGAACGAAGUGUGUAAUUUCGAUGACGGAACAUUAUGCGGAUGGGUACAAGAGAAGAGUGACAGUUUUGACUGGACGUUUCAAAGUGGCCCUACACAAUCUGAUGGUACAGGUCCUGAUGUCGAUCAUACACUUGGAACAUUACAAGGAAAGUAUGUUUAUAUUGAAUCGUCAUCGCAAAGAAAAUUCAGCGAGCAUGCCAGUCUUUUAUCACACGUCAUGCCGGCCAAUAGGACAAUGUGUUUCGAGUUUUGGUAUUAUAUGUUUGGCGACGGAUCGGGUAGAUUAUUUGUACUUGUGAAGGACACUUGCCUGAGGAAAGAAACACAGUUGUUUGAAGAGACAGGAAACCAAGGAGCACAGUGGAAUAAAGCGUCUGUUACAAUAACAGACCAUUUUGUCCCGAAUGACUACAUAAUUGUCCUGAAAGCCGAUGUUGGAUCAACAUUUCAUGGAGACACUGCUGUUGAUGAUUUAGUUAUUUAUGAGGGUUCCUGUCGAGGAAAUCACGGGGUACCUAUUGUAGGUUAAAGACGAGUAUCCUUGGGGACGCCAUUAUAUUUGAUAUAAGUAUUUAUCAUGAGGUUUCAAUUAUAUCCGAGUUUCAAACCUCUAUGGACACUGUUUCUACAUUUUGCUUUCGCAUUGUAGUUUAAUAAAACACACUUUUCAA